AUGAUCGCUUUUAUGACGCCUACAGGUGCUCCACUGUACAGUAAUCUGACGAAAAAUAAUAUCAGCCUAGACAGUUUGUGCGUAUUAUUAAAAAAACCGCUUAUGGUGUUCCAAGGUUCAAGACACAGGCAGAAUAAGCAAAUUUCGUUUCCGUGGGUGUCGUCAGCGUGCGACGUGUGUACAGUUUACACAACAGAGGCUGCACGCGAGAGCCGUCUGCCGUCGCUCACUUGGGUAAGUUGCAGAGUUGCUUUUAUAAAUACGCCACCGGCACUCGAGCGUAGUCGCCCCUCCCCGGGUCCCCGCAGAGCACCGCUGCUCGCGUGCCGAUCAUCGCCAUUAUCUGCGGGACCUUGGGCCGCACCGCGCGAUAAAACCACUCACCUUUUUGAUUUGGAAAUGAUCAGGGCGCAGAGUCUCCUGGAUCUCCUGCUCGGUUCCGCGCGGCGCCGCCUGCACGGAGCUGCGGAACCCGUCGAGCACCCCCUUAAACGUGAACUUCUUCAUCGCGAAUAA